AUGGCGGUCUUGAGAUUGAGGUUCACCAAGACCAAGAGAGACAAGCUGGCUCAGGUGCUGUGGAUUCUGAACUGGAUCUCAGUCGUGACAGGGGUCAUCCUGUUCAGCCUGGGGCUCUUCCUCAAGGUGGAGAUCAACAAGCGAGGAGAGCUGAUGGCUGAGAGGGACAUCCAGUACGUGCCCAACAUGCUAAUCGCUGUGGGCCUCAUCGCCUGUGCCAUAAACUUCCUGGGUGGGAAGAUCUGCUACGACUGUGUGGACACCACCAAGUUCUUGCGCUGGAAGCUGAUCAUGCUGCCCUACAUAAUAUGUACCUUCUUCUUCACCUUCUGUGUGCUGGUUGGGGCUCUGAUGUGUUACAGCAUGCGUGGAGAGCUAGAGGAGUCUCUGAACCUGGGGCUGGCAGAGGCCAUCAGGUUCUACAAGGACACAGACACACCAGGACGAUGCUUCCUGAAGCGAACUGUGGACAUGCUGCAUAUAGAGUUCCAGUGCUGUGGGAACAAUGGCUAUAAAGAUUGGUUUCAAAUCCAGUGGAUCAGCAACCGUUACCUGGAUAUGUCCAAAAAAGAGGUGGCAGACCGAUUAAGAAGUAACGUGGAGGGGAAGUACUUGAUGGAUGGAGUGCCCUUCAGCUGCUGCAACAUCAACUCCCCUCGGCCCUGCAUCCAGCAGCAGAUCACCAACAAUUCCGCUCACUUCAACUAUGAGCAUCAGACUGAAGAGCUGAACCUGUGGAUGAAAGGGUGUCGCCAGGCGCUGCUGGAGUACUACACCCACAUCAUGCAGUCCAUUGGCCUCACAGUCCUCAUCACCUGGCUGUUUGAGCUGUCGGUGUUGACAGGGGUUCGUUACCUCCAGACCUCCCUGGAAAAUGUGCUGAGACAGGGCAACCUCGACUCUGAAUCUGAUGGCUGGCUGCUGGAAAACAGCUUUAUGGAAACUGCCCGCACCAACCUGAACAUCAUCAAGAGCCUUGGCAAGAGCAACCAGAUAGACACAGCCAACAAUGGAGAUCCAAACAUUAAUGUUCCCUCCACCUCUAAAGCACACUAUGGGCCGGACAAUGUGCCACCAAAGGAAAUACCUGAAGCCAGUUGA